AUGGCUACCACUGGAGUCGGUGUCAGCGUGGAAGCAGUGAUAGAGAACCAAAUACAAGAAGUAACUCUUGAUGGACAAGAAAUCUAUGUUACGCCUCUGUCUAUGUCAGAAAACCUGACAAAACUUGCACAGAAAAUAGAUUUCUACAAAGAUGAGAGUGAAGACAAAGGGAAGCCAACUUCUGAAGGGGAAAAAGAAGUUGCAGAAGAGAAAACUCUUGCAAAGUUUCAACCAUCUCUGUGGCCAUGGGAUUCUGUGAGAAACAAACUGAAGGCAGCACAUUCGGAAAUGAGUGUUUUGUGGGAUGUGUUAAAUCUAGCCAAUGCUAAAGAGAAGAGAUACAUGGUAUUGGACCCUGUCUCUCAGGAUGCCACAGACACCAAAGCUUCUGUACAGCUCUUAGCCAAAAAGAAGGGUUUGACUUUGGCAGCUAGCGUACUCAGUAGUGGAUCUGACAGAUUGAAGAAAUCCCAGGCAGAGAUAAGUCAAAAUCGUCAACAAACUGAAUUUCACAUGGAGCUUUUGAAGCUGAGACAGAGCUGGAGGUUGAAAAAGGUUGGCUCGGCCAUCUUAGGAGACCUCAGUUAUAAGUCAGCGGGAUCCCGAUAUUACCAAGGAGGAACAUUUGAGGUGAAGAAGAGUAAUAAAGAUCCCCUUGAUCACAGUGACAGUACUAAAUGUUCUUUGGAGAUCAUACUACCCAGUGAGCUAGAGGGAGUGGCCUAUAUCCAUGUGGAGGUGAAAUCUGUACCAGAAUCAGCUGAUGUGACAAGCGCCAUCCUACAGGUACCCAGUGGUAUUGGAGGAACAAUGCCCAACGACUACCCCUGGCAGCCUAGACUAGAGGCCGCCCAGAGUGUUCUCUUCUGUAAAGAGCUCUUCUCACAGCUGGCUCGAGAGGCUGUUCAGGCCAAAUCCGCGAUUCCUCACAUGGUUAUAGGAAACCAGAUUAUUACAAAUAUAUUCCCAGGUAUCCAGCUCUCUCUGGUGUUAUGUCACUAUACUGAUAAAGAUAAAAAGUCUGCGCCAGCAUCUCAGAAGUUGGAACAUAACCAUGUUCUAGAACAUUCACUUCAUCAGCUGUUGAGAGAGUACCACCGCAAGUCCUCGUAUUUCCCAAUGCCACACCCAGCCACUGCCAUCCUGGGAAUGAGCAAAAGGCGUCGCUUAGCAGGGCCUGAGGCUGCCGGUAAACAGGACCUGGUGGAAAUGAUGGAGAGCGAAGGGUUGUUGGAGCAGAUAAUCAAACAGACCAAACACACAUGUCUCAGACAAAGAGUUAGCAGGACAAUAGAUGAGCUGGCCAAGACAGUGUCAGAUCCUCAGAUCACUGCACACUGGAGCUGUCUGAAUAGCAGCACUGAGGCCUCCGUCAAAGUACAUAUCAUAUCGGUUGGCUAUGAAAAUGUCCGAACACAUCUGCUGGUACAGAUUGGUGUUGACACCAUGGAGGUAGCCACUCGAGAAGGAAAGACAUCGCAUCUGUCGUUUGAACAACAAGAACUGAAAGAUUUACUACUGUGGCAAGUGUCACAGCACAACAUCUCAAUAGCCCAGACCCUGGCUAAACUGCUGGGUUGGCAGGUGUUGUCUUACAGCAACCCCUGCUUAGGUGUCGGAGACAUGGAGAAGAUAGGGUCAGCCUCAUCGAUUAUGAUGGCAUCACCUCAGGGUAACAGGACAAUAGCCAUCAAGUGUGGACCAACAACCGGUUUACAGGUUUCCAUACAGUUUCUUCCAGGACAGUCAGAAUUGUUAAUAGGGGGAAAUAACUCUGUGGUGAAAAAUCCCAAAUGGGCCAAUCUGGGUGUACGGUUUCAGAAAGUCCUUAUGGACAAAGUGGAUGGAAAGAACUUUGCCAACAGGUUGGAAGUGCUAAUGUGCUGUUUAGUGUCAUCUGCAAAAGAUCAGAUCCCAGGCCUUGGAAGCUGACAAUGUUAAUUGUUUGAGGUGUGAGGGUUGUGGGAUCAGUUUGUGCAAGUGUAAGGAUAUAAAGAAAGUGUCAGGUACAUUUUAAUGUUGACACAGGGUUUAUGCAUGUUUUGCAGUUUUCAGUGUUCACACAGAUAUCGCUUGCUGAUAACUAACAGACUGGAAAAAUCCUGAUGUGACCCUACAUAUAAUAAACCUGUUUUGCUAUAUCAGAUGUGCAAGUAAAUAUAAGGGCAGAUGCUGAAGCCACCAUCUGUCAGAGUGAAAGUGUUUUUCAUAGCAUUUAUGAAACUCAUGUGACCAACUCACAUCCAUUAACAGGGCAAAAAAUGUUCACAAAGCACAUCAAAUUAGAACAAAGAAUACAUUGUAGUUGCCGUGUUGAAGUACAUCAGUGCUUGAGACCUCAGUACUUUUUGUUUGAACAAAACCUGCUAAAUGUCAUUAAUGCUGAAUUUGAAAUUGUUGUAGUCAAAAUGAUUGUGUUCAAGUUUUGUUAUUAUGUUGUUAGGUAAGUACUUUAUAUUGAAGAAUUAUCCGUCAGCCUUGGCUUAAACCAAAAAUUAGCUUCUGAAUUCUCUUGCUCAAGGAAAUGUCUCAAAUAUAUCAUUGGGAUGCACAUUUUAGUCUGUUCAUCAAAAUACAUUGUUACUUCUUUCAUUAUUUUUGACUGAUUCUUGCUCUGCUUUAUUGAGGACAGCUGUUUGGCUAAAACAUUGCCCUGGCAGCAGUUUGAUUGGCUCCUGAACAUUGCCUGAUUUGCUCCAACCAUAUAAAAUCCGAUCUGCAGUUUUAAUAAAACAUUCUGGAAAAUGGCAUUAAAUCCAUGAAAUAAAAAAAUGGAAAGAAGACAGCUGAGUUUAGACUACAGAAUCAUUUUGAUACUUAUUUCAGUGCUCUGUAGGUGUUGGAAGUAGUUAACCAUAUUUAACAAUGAACUUAAACCGGUAUUCAAACUUCUUGAAUACUGACAUUAUGAUGCAGCAGUUGUGUUUAUAAAAUGUCUUUUAAUUUAUCUCACAAGACUUGUCACAUCAUGUAGGAAUACUCACUUGCUCUGCUUCAUUAGUUGACAGUAAGAAAUGCUGAAAAUCAAUUCAUCUAACUGAGCUCACUGUCGUGAAUUUCUGUUUCAUUCAGUGGCUUCAGAUGUGUACAAAUGUAUUAUACCAUACAAUCCAUUAUUUAACAAAGUCACUCUUUGUGUUAAUAAACUAUCAUCACCUCAUUUGUAUGAAAAAUUAAAGAAACA